GCAUUUUGAAGGCUCAGCCUUCUAUUGGCAUUCUUUUCAAGACGUAGCAAGCAGAGGCAUCAAGUGGAUCAAUGGGCAUAGCUUGUUAGAAUUUAAAUAUUAGACAUUAUGUAAGUAUACAUAUGUUUCAUAUAUGAUUUGUAUAUAUGAAUAUCUAUGUAUGCAUAGGUGUUAUGUAUUUUAUUUUAUUUGCUUCCUUUUCUUUUUUAUGUACUUUUUAUUUUCUUUUCUUUUUCUAUUUUUACCUUUUCCUUUUUGUAAAAGGGAACUAGCUGUUGGACCAGCUUCCAACGGCUAGAUUUCUAGCCGUUGGAGCUGGCCCAACAGCCAACUCCUCCUUCUUCUCUCCCUUUCAUUGUACUAUAUAUAUGGGACUGUUGUCCCUUGUUUGGUUAAGGCUUUUAGGCCUCUCUUGUGUAUUCUUCUAUUGAGAUUAAUAGAUUUGGUAUCUUCUCCUCAAGUUUGAGGUUUGGUUGUGUAUUACCUAUUGAAGUUGUUGGGAUCUUCAAGAGUGUAUCUCUUGAAGCAUUUGUAUUCUCAAGAUCAGGCCUGAUUUACAUGGUAUCAGAGCCUCGUUUUGGCUCUUUGCGUUGCUGUCUUUCAAGCUUAGAGGACAGCUUGAAGAUCCAGUUAUUACUCUUUCCUUGGAGCUGUGAAGCACUCCAAGUGUUCGAUAUAUUGUUGGCUGAAAUUUGACACAAGAAGGUGCUGUUAUUUUGCUGGCUUCUUUUGGUGAUAUUUGUGACGGGAUAAAGCUCCCUUGGUGGUGAAGAUUGUGGCAGUCUUUGACGCGUCGAAAGCUUCAUUUUUGUGUGGCUGUUUUUCAUCCUAGCACUACCUCAACGUCUCCUUUACAAGGUACACAUUAUGGAUGAAAGAACUUCCUCUACUCCUCUUCCCAAAUUAACUUUAUCAAAUUAUGUUUCUAGGGCAAAAACUAUGGAACAUUUUAUUAGAAGUAAAGGCCUAUGGGGACUCGUUGAUGGGUCAAAAAGUGAACCUCAAUUAGUCCUCACCAAGACCAUAGAUGGUAAAGCUCAAGAACUAGAUGGAGUUGAAAAAGACAAGGCUAUGAAUGAAUAUGAGAGAAAAUGGGAAGAGUGGAAGAUAGGACACCACAAGAUUAUCACUUGGAUUAUUGCUUGUGUUGAUACUACAACCAUGGGCCAAAUAGCAAAACAUAAUUUUGCUCAUGAAGCUUGGGAAUUUCUCAAGAAAACCCACACUAUGAAGGAUGUGGCCUACAUGUGCAAUCUUCAAAUGAAGAUUGCAAGUCUCCAACAAGGAGACAAGUCCAUUAAAGAAUACGUUGGAGAAAUGGAGCAAUUAUGGGACGAACUUGCUCUAUUUGAACCCGAAUGGUAUGAUCCAAGAGACAUUGGAGUUAGAGAAAAACAAAUCCAAAGGGAGAAAUUUUAUAAAUUCAUUCUUGGUCUUAGAUCGGAAUAUGAUGGAGUCAAAACUUCCUUGCUCCAUAGGCAUAAAGUGCCAUCCAUGAACGAAGCCAUAGCGGAACUUCAAAUGGAGGAAAAUAGACUCAAUUUUUCAAAAGACAAGAGUGAAAGUGUUCUUGCUACCUCAAGACCCGGUGCUCAUAUGAGAACUUAUAGGCCUCCUCACUUUAAUCGAAACUAUGAGCAUAGCAAUAAUGGCAACAAGAAGAUUAUAUGUUUCCAUUGUCAAGAAGAAGGACAUACCAAACUUAGAUGUCCUAAAUUGAGGAGAUUUGAUAAAAAGACAAGUGUGGCUGGGAUAAUGUAUGAAGAAAGCAAUCGAUUUGACCUAGACAAACUUGUAAGUGCCCUCCAACCAAAGCUUAUUGAUGCUCUUCAACCGCUUUUCAAAGGAGGAGGGACUUCUCCAAUCUCCGGAGCAACCGUGGCAUCUACAUCAUCAAGACCAUCUUUCCAAGAAGACGAUUGGGGAAGGUUCUAGGAAAAAUGAUCUCUACUAUGUUGACUAUUUGGAUCUUUCCAACCCUACUUGCAAUAUAGUCAAGAAGAGUGACAUUCAAGUUUGGCAUCAAAGACUUGGGCAUUCAAGUUUAGGAAAAAUGUCUUGUAUCCCUUUUUUGGAAGAGAAAUGUAAAGAAAUGAUCUCUUGUGAUGAUUGUAUUAAAGCCAAAAUUAAGGCUUUACCUUUUGGAAAUAGAAAUUUUGUUGCAAAAGCACCUUUUGAAUUAGUGCAUUCGGAUGUAUGGGGUCCCGCUCCUAUUAUGUCUAAAGGUGGUUUAGUUUAUUAUGUCAUUUUUGUGGAUGAUUACUCUCGAUAUGCUUGGGUUUACUUUCUUAAACGCAAAUCGGAAGUCUUUAUGAAUUUUAAAAACUUUUACAACAUGAUCAAAACUCAAUUUGAUGCAAACCUUAAAAUUUUUAGAAGUGAUUCCGGGGGAGAAUUCAUUUCCAAUGAAUUUGAAGAAUUCCUAAAAGAAAAGGGAGUUAUACACCAAAAGUCUUGUCCCAAAACCCCCCAACAAAAUGGAGUCGCCGAAAGAAAACAUAGACAUAUUCUUGAAACAACAAGAGCUCUUCUUAUAUCAAAAAAUGUUCCAAAAAAUUUUUGGGCUGAAGCAAUUUUAACAUCCAUUUACUUGAUUAAUAGAAUGUCCUCUAAAGUUUUAGAAAAUAUUUCACCUUUUCAAAAACUUUUUAACUUGGAGCCAACUUAUAAAAGAUUCAAAGUCUUUGGUUGCAAAUGUUUCAUUUUAAAUGACAAAAAUGAUAAACUUUCAUCUAGGGCUAUUCAAUGUGUCUUUAUUGGCUAUUCCGAAACUCAAAAAGGGUAUAGAUGCUAUGAUAUUGAAAAAGAUAAGGUGUAUGUUUCAAGAAAUGUGAUAUUUUUAGAAGAAGAAAAUGGCUUUAAUGAAAAUAAACCCAAGCAUGAAGAUGACUAUUCUUUUUUAUGGAUAAAUGAUGAUGAUGUUGAUAAUGAUGAUGAUGUUUUGCCUUCUUCACAUAAUGAUGCUCAAAAUGAGGUUGAGAAUACUCUUUUUGAUAGAUCUUCACCAAGAAGUGAUGGAUCACCAAGAGAAGUUAUAGUUUAUAAGAGAAGGUCUCAACAAAACAUCCAAGAGUCUCAACCUACUCUUAGGAGAUCUCAAAGAGAUUCUCAUCCACCUCAAAAAUUUGUUUCCUAUGAGUCUUUUUCCCCAAAACAUAGAGCUUGCUUAUUAGCUAUUCACUCUCAUGUUGAACCUUCAUCCUAUCUUGAAGCCAAAACUAACCCACAUUGGAUUGAAGCAAUGAACAAUGAACUUAGAGCCCUUGAAGACAAUAAAACUUGGGACAUUGUGUCUCUUCCUAUAGGGAAAAGGACAAUAGGAUGUAGGUGGGUUUACAAAGUCAAGACUAGAAGUGAUGGAUCACUUGAAAUGUAUAAAGCUAGACUUGUUGCCAAAGGAUAUGCCCAAGAAUAUGGGAUUGAUUACGAAGAAACCUUCGCCCCUGUUGCUCGUAUGACCUCUGUUAGAGCUCUUAUUGCCAUUGCCUCCAUUAAACAAUGGUUUAUAUAUCAAUUGGAUGUCAAAAAUGCUUUUUUGAAUGGAUACUUAAAUGAAGAGGUAUACAUGGAUUCACCCCCUGGGCUUGAUUUACUUCAAGGAAAAGUUCUUUAUCUUAGAAAGGCAUUAUAUGGCUUGAAACAAGCUCCAAAAGCUUGGUUUGACAUGUUUAGCAAUGUUAUGUUCAAACAAGGUUUUAAAUCAUGCUAUUCUGACACUGCUAUGUUUGUUAAAAAUACUGCUAUAGGUAUAAUUGUGUUACUUUUAUAUGUAGAUGAUAUGAUUAUUACAGGUAAUGAUGCCAACAGAAUUAUGCAGGUAAAGGACUUUCUAAAAAAUGAAUUUGAAAUGACUGAUUUGGGUAAACUAACCUAUUUUCUUGGUAUUGAAGUAGCUUAUAGUAGAAGAGGAUACUUACUCUCACAAAUGAAGUUUGUCAAUGACAU